UUUUUUAUCUUACGAUGAAGUAAUAUGUAUGUGCAUGUUGUUCCUUUUUUACUUUGCAAGCUUUUCACCCCUUUGUUCGUUUUUAUCGUUUUUCAUUCCCUAGACGCAGAGAGUGGGGUACAUAUUAUGACUAUAUCCGGAGUUGCUCUACUGGAUACCGAAAACCUACCGCAUGAGCGUUGGUGUCACCAAUCCAAACCAAUGGAGCUGGCUAGCUAGCUAACAAAAGAAGUCAUGUAAGCAGUAGGUCUUUAUAAAUAUAGUGAGUAAACCAAACGUAUUUCCAACACACUAUAAUGGUUAUUGGUUGGUAGCAGCAGGGGACGACUUUAUAGGACGGUUGCAACAUAUCCUCUAAACUAUUCGUUUAUUUUCAUUUCUAAGGGCUCAAGAUUGUCGGAGCGAUUGCUAGCUCGCAAGCUAGGAUUGUUUUAGCUUGGUAAAUUAUCCUAGCUAACUAGUGGUCCCUCCUGCAUACAAGAUUAACGUUACCAGCAGGACAUAACAACCAAAUAACUUGGUUAUUCGAAAUAUUUUCAGCGGAGUUGGAUACGGCAUAUAGUUUGUUUUUAGACUAUCUUGUUGCCCCAAACAGUGGCUCAUUAGAUAUGACUUUAGGUUAAGUUACCUAUCGUUUGCAUCAGCAAAUGUUAUUGCUGAUACGUUACCAAUUGGAAAGUUGCUUGGUGGCUAGUUUGCUGUCAAUCUGUAUGCUUUAAAUUGGGAUUCUGAAAGAUAUUUCAGUGAUUUAUGCAACUUUGAACAUUCAACAUGGAUAAAAAGUCAUUCGACAUCGUCUUGGACGAAAUAAGAAAGUGUGUUUUGACAGAUCAAAGAGUAAAAGCAAUAGAACAGGUGCAUGGCUACUUCUCCAGUGAACAGGUGAUUGAUAUUCUGAAGUACUUCUCGUGGGCAGAACCACAGAUCAAAGCCGUGAAAGCUUUGCAGCAUAAAAUGGUCGCCAUCCCCACCACCAAAGUGGCUAAUAUACUCAAUGGUUUCACAUUUACCAAGGACAAACUUGUUGUUUUGGAACUGAUAGCAUUGAAUAUCUGUGAUGCUGGGAACUAUCGGCCAGUGGAGGAUAUGUUCCGCACUCACCUGUCUGAGAAAAAGCGUGCGCGGAGAAUCCUUGAUCAGGUCUGUAAGGUUGGCUGUAAGGCUCCUGUGGCCAUGAUCUCGUCAUGUGGGGUGACUCCAGGAAACCCUUACCCAAAGGGCAGACCCAGCGUGGUGACCGGCAGCUUCCCGAAAGCACCUUUGCCUAUGCCAUCAAACAAUGGCACUGCCACUGCUGCCACUGCCAAGAAAGAGAAUGAGGAGAGUACUAACGAAGGAAAGGGGAUUGCCGCGAGGAUCCUCGGACCAUGCAAGCCGUCUCCAUCCACAUACAACCCACAUCGGCCUGUUCCCUACCCCAUCCCACCCUGCAGGGUCCAUGCCACCAUCGCUCCAAGUGCGUACAACAAUGCAGGGCUUAUGUCAGUGGGAGGGGUCAUCACUGCCAGCGUGCCCCCCCCACCGUACAGUGCUACAGCAUACACUCGACCAGGCUGUCAGCCGAACCCCUCUAGCGUCCCCACCACAGCCACCAUCUCCCCCCACAACUCCAGUCCCUCUACGCCCAGCUCCACGACGCCGGGCCCCACCACCCCCAUCACGCCCGUCUUCCCUGGCAUGGUGCCCUCCCAGAACCCUGUGUCCCAGUCUCCCACCCCCUCUCCCUCGGUCAUCAAGGGGCCACCUAUGUCCCCCCACCUGCCCGGCGGGCACUCCACCCCACACCCCCCUACCUCAUACUCUGGGAUGCCCCCAUCGGCCCCACCUUCGGGCACAGUCAUCAAAUCCCAUACCCCCACACCCUGCGGGACACCGGGGCCUUCCGGAAGCUUCUCGCCGUCCCCGUACCCCAGGUCUCGUUCGGGCACCCCGUCGGGCGCCCCCCCUACCCCGAUCCCCAGGAGCUCCUCCGUCGACCUCUCCGCUGCGCUGACCGGCAAGUCCUACCCCUCUCCCACUGACUCUCAGCUUUUCCCGCCGCACCCUGCGGGCACCUCCUCGCACUCGGUCAUCCGCAGCUACACCCCUACAGGGGGCCCCUCCGACCGCUCCAACCCCAUGUCUGCUCACGGCGCUCACAUGCCCUCCGGCGGUCCCAGCCCCAAACCCUCUCAGACCCUGGCGGCCCAGCAGGCGGCGUUCUUCGGCAACGAGCAGCACAUGAGUGCAAUGGCCCAGCGUGGGCAUGGAGCGAACAGCGGCGGCAGCAGCCCCGUGCCCUCUGCCUUCAAAGGCCCCUCGCGCUCGGGCACGCCCUCCCUCAGCUCACUGGCCAUGCCCAACACGGCCGCCCUGGCGCGCUCCCUGGGCCUCGUGGGUCACCCCGCCGGUUCCCCGCAGUCGUCCAGCCCCGUCCUGUCGGGCCUGCAGGGCAUGUCCGUCCUGGCGUCCCAGCAGGCCGGUGCCAGCCCUGGCCAGUCACCCUUCUCCACCUUCUCCUCUGGCUCCCCCUUCUCUGGUGUCCCCUGCUCCAUGCCCUCCUCUGUGUCCCCCAUGUCCUCCAGCGCAGGCCUCCCUCCGUCCGCCGUCUACUCUGGUGCCCAGACGGCCUCCCCCUUUGGCCUGGGUCUCACCACCUCCCCCUCCAUGUAUGGGCUCCCCCCGGGCCACAGUCCCCAGGCCUUCUCUGGGUUUGGGCACUCGGGCCUCCCGGGCAGUCCUGUGCUCUCCUCGCUCAUGGGGCUCCAGGGGGCCUCGUCGUCUGUGGCAACGGUGGCCCCCAUGCAGGCAGCAGCGGCAGCGGCGGCAGCGGCUGCUGCUGGGGUCCCCAGCGCAUCACCAGUGCUUCCAGGCUUCGCCUCGGCAUUCAGCUCCAACUACAACCCAGCCCUGGUGGGCCAGCCUGGCCUGACCAGUGGUCUUCAGGCCCAUAGUGGAGGCUCCUUCCCUGGGCUGCUGUCCUUCCCCGGCAUGGGCGGCUACUCCUCCAGCCCCUCCCCCGCCGCCCUCUCUGGACUCCACAACCCAGCCAUGCAGUCAGCCCUCCUGCAGGCUCACUCUGCGUCCUCUCUGGAGGGUUACCCUCCCCAGCCCAACGGCUACACCAACUACGCCCCCGGCCCGGGCACCCCCUUCCCCCUGCAACCCGGCCUGCACUGGCAGUGAUACACCCCCCCCCCCCCCCCCCCCACACACACACACACACACUCACUUCCCAACCCCCCUCCACUGACACCCUCUCCUGAUGGCAACCUCUGGUAUCCUCCUCACAGGGCUAGUGAUGAUGAUGAUGACGAUGAUGAUGAUGGGACGGUUAGACCAUCAGGCCACUUCAGUCAAAUGUCCAUUUCAUAUCACGGCGUAACGCUGCACAGCCGCCAGGCGUCGGCAGGAUGUGAAACAGACUGUAGAUGAAUAUCUGAGGAGGGCUCUGGGCCCGUGUUGAGAGACUGCAUGAUGUUGAUAGGAUUAGAUUUUCACUUAGCAAUACGCUAGUGUUAUGGACGUGACAUGAAAUGGGCAUUUGCCUGGGGCUAGCCUGUGUGUGUGUGCGUCUGUAUACGUGUACACACAGACGGGAGAGAUAUGGUGAGAAGAUGAAGGCUUCGUUCAUUAGGUCUGCGUCUGAGCCACUGACUGUAAUGAAAUCAUGUUUUACUGUUAACUGUUAUAUUUCACUGGUUUUCUUGUCAGCACUGACCACAGUCUAGAGGAAGACUACAUGAAAACUGAUCAGCAAACUGAAAUGUUUACACAUUCGCUCUGUGUGUGUGUGUGUGUGUUUGCGCGUGUGUGUGAAAACAAGCUCUCGUCUUAGCCUGCACCAGUAUACAGUGGUUGCAGUAUAGUGUGUACAAAAUAAUGAAAUAAUAUUGGAAGAUUGCUUUUUAACAGACUGCUGAAAGAAACACAAAAUCCAGCUUUUAUCUGUACUGUGUGAAUGGAACAGUAUUUGACGAUUGGGUACUGUCCCUGUUGCAGAUCCCCAUAGCCUUGUAUUGUAGGCUGUUUCAACCGUAUUCACAAACCUCCCGAUCAUCCCACUUUCACGACAAGUUAGAGCGUAUGAUAAUCCAAGGCUCAAGUUGAUGAUUAAUUAGCUAUCAUGUUUGAGGAGUGAGUGAAAGACAUUUUGAUUGACACCCCCAGGUCUCUACACACCCACUCUGGUUUUCAGUUGAAUGCACUUGCUGCAGUUAUUCUGUCACUUGAUGAAAUGCUCCCGUUUUAUGUAUACAUGAGAUGAAACCUCAGUGAUGAGGUUGUGUGCUGUAUUGCCAUGAUGCACAGAAGAAGAAAAAUGAAAUGAUGAGUAUUACAGUGGACAUUGUGCAAACAGUGGCAUUUGCAAGGUUGUGAUUUUACUGCUGUGAGCAUGUCUGUGCAAUGGACAUGCUUUCUUCCAACUCACUGUACCAUGAAUCUCUUUUCUAUAUGAUUUCCAUUUAUGUUUUAAAAUGUAAUAACAAAAGUUAUUUGUCCUGCGGGGAUAGUGUGAGAUUGAUUUGCUCAGAGCUGAAUGAAUGGGGUUGUUUGUUUGUUUGUUUGUUUGUUUGUUUGUUUUUUUAAGCUGGCAUGAUGCCGUGUCGCUCAGUUACUCAGACUGAUUGAAUGAGUUUCUGUUUUCCUCUUUUUUCCUCUUUUUCUAAACCAACGGUUCCAUAUGUUUUAGUUUUUUCUGUUUGUUUUGUUUUUGUUUUUCUCUAUAGGGGCAUGUGGCCAUGGUUACUUGGUUACCUAGACAGAGCAGGUCAGUCUUGUGUUAAAGUAGGUUUUGAAUAGAGUUUACAUCUGGAGACAACUCCGUGAAACUUCGUUAUUGAAUCACAGUAAAAAGCCAUCACAAACGAAGCCUGCUUUCUUCCUAAACUGUUCCUAACUUGACAAAAGAACUACUCAGUUUCACUCGUAUCUGUCUGAGUCUCUAGUACCUCUUAGGGCUCUGCCAUCACAAGGCUGAAGACGCUAAGCAUGCUAAUACCUCCCAUCCAAUGACUGUCAAAAGCAUGGACAGUGUGUCCUUCCGUUAUAUAGAAAUGAAGGCAGAGUUUAUCAAAAUGAGGGGCUCCAUAUAUUAAAAAUGGAGCCAGAUUCUGCAGAUUCUGCGCAGUAAGUGCUUUUUGGAGCCAGAGCAGAAUAUC